AUGCCAAACAAGCGCUUUAAAGUAACGUGUGCUUUGUGCAAUAAAGUAUUUGACAACGAUUACAAGGGGAAGCAUUGCAAGGCUGCGCAUCCAAAAUAUAACGCGCACACAUUGCCGCUUGUCAACAAAAAACAGACAAAACUGGUAUGUUAAUGUUUCAGGUUUUAUACAUAAAUACAUAAUGCUUCUUCAAACUUCAAGAGUGUGUUGACAUGUUGUACAUAAUUUUACCCUCGUUUUUUUAUAUAUAGCUAAUUAGCUAUACACAAGUAUACAUAUAGCUUAUAUGCAGAGGUGUUUGAAACUGAGCUGCGUUCUAGAGUAUAUAUAUUGUAUGCGGAUAUGUCUAUGGAAGUCUAGACUCUAAUCCUCUAAAUAUGUAUUACGGCGAGACAAAUACCUUGUUGACGUUUUAAUUUUCCAGAAAAGUGAGAGAAUACUAUUAAUAGAAUUAAAUAAAAAGAAUAAAUUAGAAUAUAAUGAUAAUAUUAUGCAAAAUAUUAUUUAAUUACACUCUUUGCCUCUAUACUAAAUAAUUACAUGGAGCGACUUCUGCCUGGGCUAAAAUUUACUCAGAAAAUUAUCGUUAAAGCAGGGCGGAAUUUUCAGCCGGGCUGAAACUCAGGGCUGAAAUUGCUCCAUGUAAUCAGCCCCUUAAUGAUGUAUACAGCAAAAUGGCAACAACGCGGAAAAACAAAAAUUGUGAAGAAAAUUUAAUUAAGUAAAGAAUAUGCAUGCAAUGAUGCAACGCCAACGUGUAAAAUAAAAAACAUGAAAAAUUGACAUGUAAUAAUGUCAUGCAAUCAUUUAGAAUUUUGGUGCCGCAACAGAUUCUGGCCAAAGUUCGUUGAUUCCGGAUAUUUGGGGACAACACUCAGACCAGGUUUGUGCAUUUUUAAUCUAACUAAGAAAGGUUUUUACGUUUCUUCCGUUCAGUUCUACCAUUAAAUUUGAAAUAAGAUGUAGAGUCUGUCUAGAUAGAGAUCAGGACUGAAAUGCUUGUCUAAAAAGUCAAAAAUAAUUUUGUAGUCAAAUAAUGAGGAAAGCUUUGCAGAAGAAGUAGCAAAAGAUUAUCUGACAACCGAAGAAAUUCAAACUGACAAGAGUAGAACCUCUGAUACAGCGGUGGGUGCACAUACUACCGUAUAUAUUAUUAACAUCUUGUAAAACAACAUCAUCCAGAUAGCUUCUUCCAAAGCUAAACUUUCACGCGCGCCCUGACUACCUAUAGUAUAGUGUCUUAUUAUAUAAGGGAAAUGUUUACCAUGUGUUAAAUGUUAUGUAAUCAUUCAAUUUAGUGUAGCACUUAAUUAAAAUCAAUUUAUCAUUUAUGAUUAAUAAUUGCAGUUUAUACUACAUUAUUAUACAGAUUGUAGUUUAACAAAAGACCAUGGACAGGAGCGGAAGAAAAUAAUCCAUGCAGUUCGGAAACUAUAGAGAGACGUAUUAGAACGGAAUCCCAUGAACUAAGUGAUGAACCGAGUGAUGAACCAAGUGAUGAACCAAAUGAUGAACCAAGUGAUGAACCAAAUGUAUACUCUGCUGAAAGUCCGACAGAAUCAUUAAACGACCAGGUAAGUCAUCUAUUUGGUGCAACGUUGGUCGUUGGUCACAAUAGUCAUUCGUGCAAUGUUUGAGUUAAAUUGUUAAUUGGCGUGUAGCUAGGAAAAUUGCAUAACAUUUACAUAUUUCUCUCACAGGAAAACCUAGAGCAGAGUUGUUCCAAAGCUCAAUCUCUCAUACCGACAGACAAAAGCAUCGACAAAGAAGGCAAAACCUGGAUAUCGUGCUUUGGAAAACUUAGUUUUCUAUGCGGAAACUUAAGAGAGUGUCAAGAGUUGGUGUCCAAGAUUGAAAAUGUGGAUGUGCCACAGCCCGAAAACCUGCUUGGCGAACUGGUUGAUGUAGUAGAAAGAGUUAACCAAAUUUCUUCUUCUCUCCUCUCCGACACUCGAGAAGUGCUGGCACACAUUAAUGCCCAAGAAAAGGUGAUCGAAGAAGCAUCAAUUACUGCUAAAUUUGUUCCAAUUGAUCGUGAUCCAGGCUGUAGAAGACCCAUUCUGACUGAUGAAGACAAAGUAUACGUCAUCCAGCAAGGUCCGUUCCAACCAAAACUUGGUAGAUAUCCACGAAACCCUGAUAUUCAUCCGUCUAAGCAGUGCCAUUUUUCAUCUGCGUGGUUCAAUACAUAUCCACAUGUCGAAUAUUUGGUGAAAAAAGAUGCAGCGUUUUGUUUUGUUUUGUUUGCCAGCUGUUUCCAUCUGGUAUUGGCACAAAACAUGACCAAGGCUGUAAAGCAUGGGCAGAGGACGGCGUUAAAGCUUGGCACAAAAUGA